CUCCCAGCUUUCUUGCGGCAUUUCACUGAGGCACGCCCCCUUUCGGUCGUAGUAUCUCGUCGAUUUCAAAGUAGAGCGAGCAGAUCUGUACAACUAGCAAACAAGAUGGCUGCGCCCGUAAUCAAUGGGGAUUGAGCUGUAUUUUCUUUGUAUUUGUACCACGUUGGGGGUUGUAAUGUCAAUUUUAAAUCCUCUUACACACUUGAUUUCAUUGCUGCUUUAAUCCGGUCACCAAUUUAUGGUCUUGCUUUGCGUGAAAUUCAAUGUAAAGUUGUGUUUUCAAGCUGGUUUGCCAAAGAGGCUAUGUUGCUAAUGAUGACUAGCUCGCUACUACCCCUCGUGGCUCGACAGAAACACGACAGCACUUGUUGAAAUAAAAAUUGGCGAAAAUGGCAAAAUAUUAUUGCAAUGUAAAAGGCUUGCAAUGUUAAUGUUUCUGUAAAGGCUGGCAACCAUUAUACACUGGAUUAUUUAUUUUUUCCAAAAUAGUUUUCUUCUUAAACUCGUCGGACACAAAUAGCAAACUGGAAGGCUGGAGCAAGGGAAAUACGUCACGUUUUCGCUGAACCUGGUCGUUCGUACCAGCCUACCAUCAAAAUGGAUAGCAGCAUCUUCUUCAGUAUCGGACAUAGUUACAUUUAGAUCACGUGACGUAAAAGAGUGGUCACCUGACAGGAAACGUGAAACGAACCGAGUAGUUUGAAAACAAACCAUCGCUGUGCAUUGUCUGACAUUGAAUGCGUUUAUAUUAAUCAGCGUUAUCAGACGCCGCUUCGUUUAGUCGACCUCCCUACGAGGGCCCAUACUAAAUCAUGAAAUCAUGUUCAAGUAAGAUCUCCCCGUCUCCUGUAGUGUGUUAGCAUGAGCAGAUAGCAGCUACAACUCAAACGUAAAGUCUCAUGGAUGACUCGGAUCAGGAUUUCGCAGACAUCUGUUCUAAAUUUGUAAAACGAGUUCGUAAGAAAGCAGUUGAUCCGGUGUUGUCCCGGAAAGCAGAGCCCCAGUCUUUCAGCCAGACCAGGAACGUCACUGCUGAUCCGAGUAAGAAGACGCGAAAGAAGAAGGUCGUUGUUCCGGAAUACAAGCCCAUCCAAGCCAAGCCCGGUCCUGGAGGCGAUUGGGCUCCAACACGUCGACCUGAGCAAAGUCUGGACAAUGGAUAUGCCCUGUGUGAUGCCGGAGAUGGUGGGCCACCUGGGCUCACGGAUUCGGGUGAAGCACUGCACGUCGUUGAGGGAGGCCAACGUGCCAGAGACAAAGUACUGUUGCGAAUGCAGCAGUUUAAGAGAGCCAGCCCACACAUGCUGGUACACGACGACAGGAGCGACGCGGUCCCCAAGCAACCAAAAGACAAAGACGAGCCGCCGCAGGAGACUGGGUCCAGCGAUGCCGCUCUGGCCCUCCGUCUACAGCAGAGCCAGGACCCCCAGGCAGCCCAGGACCCUGAGCGGCAGGCCUCCCUUGACCUCUGUCUGCAUCAGGACCCGGACCAGCAGCGCGUUGACUCCCUGGAGGACCAAGGCCUGUUCUUCUGUCAGCUCUGCCAGCGGAACAUGUCCCACAUGACCCCCGAGGGACGCACGCAGCACCUCAACAGGUGUUUGGACGAGACGGAGGGCGAGCCCGCCGCUCUCGGCGCGCCCCCUCCCCCCCCCCGCGUGGCCGACUGCCCCAUCUGCGGGAAGAGGUUCAAGGCCCCGAAGAGCCGCGCGGCCCACCUGAAGCGCUGCUCCGCAGACAUGGGUGUGGCCCCGGCCGUGCUGCUGCAGUGCCUCCAGAGGCAGGCGGCGGCGGUGCAGAGCGACGGCGGCGACGGCGGCGGCGGCAGCCCCCCCCCGCGUGGGGCAUCCAGAGGCUCCAAAAGGAAAGAGCCAGCGGACCCCAGCCUGCCCACCACGAAGAGGCCCAGGAAGAAGGCCCAGCCGCUGGACGAGGAGACCCAGGUGGCCCUGGCUCUGUGCUCCUCGCUGCUGGAGCGAGAGAAGGAGCUGGAGAGGGAGGCGGCCGCCGCGUUGGCCGCCGUGGCGCCUCGGCUCCAGUGGAGAGCAGAAGCAGGUCAGGGCCGGAGGAAGGGAGGCAAGAGGAGGAAGGGCGGGCCCCCCCGGCCGCCGCCGCUCCUGCUCGUCCAGGACGCCCUGGCCGCUCAGACCAGGGUGCAGGAGCGGGUCGCCGCGCUCCUGCUGCGGCAGCGCCCCCCCUCCCCGCCCACGCCCCCCCGCUGCCCCAGCAGACUGCCUUCUGCUCCCGCUCGCCCCCUGUGGAGCGCGAGCGCACUGCGGGACGACGCGGACACCCGCGGCCCCGCCCAGUACUACACCCCGGAGCUCCGGGACCUCCUGCUGACCAGGGACCCCCCCGGGACGACCGUGGCCUCCAUCGCCAAGGUACCUCCGGAACCUUCCAUCCAGUCCCCCGUCAAAGCAGACCCCCAGAUGACGCCUCUUCCUCCUCUCCCCUCUCCGACACCCCCGUGUCCGUCCCCAUCGUGGGCUGGAACCAGCCGGCUGUCUGUGGGCAGCCAGGCCCUGAGAGACGUGAUGGAGCUGGCUGACGAGGGCCGGUCCCUGUCCCAGUGGCUCAGAGACGAGGCGUGUGGCACCGCCGUCGUUGCUGACUUCCCGCUCAGCGGAUUCAUCCCAGAUGAGUGCGACGCCAAGAUGGGCCUCAGCGGCUUUCUCCCCGGGGGGGACGCCGCCGCCGCCGCCGCCUCCAGCCAGCCAAUCAGGGACUCCGGAAGGCCGGGCGGCCAACCAGAGAGCGGCUGGCGAGAGUCGGUGGCGCUGUCCAGGCUGUCAUGUGACCUGAGCAGCAUGGUGAACAACCCUCAGCUCAGCGACGUGCAGGUCCAGGUGGACAGCGGAGAGGUCUUCUCCGUCCACUCGUUCAUGCUGUACGCCCGCUGCCCCCUGCUGGCCCAAAUGGUGCAUGACGCCGGCUUCGGGGUGCAGGAGGAGGGCCUGCCCAGCACCCAGCGGGUGCUGCUUGGGGACUGUCCCGGGGAGGCCGUGCUGGCUCUGCUGCAGUACCUCUACACGGGCCGGUGUCCCGUGCCCGCCGGCCCCCUGCUACCCGCCCUCCUGGGGCUGGCCACCAGAUUUGACCUGGAGGAGCUCCAGAGUCUGGCCCAGCUCUACCUGGAGGAGGCGGACUCGGCGCCACAGGAAGACCCAGUCGAGGCUGGGCAGCCCUGGGACAACCACCACCCCAGCCCCGGCGUGGAGCCAGCGCGCGGGGACCAGGACUUCACCAAGCUGCUGCGCUCCAUGUGGAGCGAGGAGGAGGGGGAGGAGGGGGAGGAGGAGGGUGGGGGAGAAGCCACAGCCGGCACAUCGGUGGAUCGGCGAGGCGACGACGUCAACGGCGGCGGCCAGCGAGACGGUCGGCUGGCGUCCGGAGACGGGGACGGGCACGAGGAGCGCGUGAACGACGAGGAGAUGGAGGAGAUCUACGAGUUCGCCGCCACGCAGAGGAAGCUGGCGGAGGAACGGGAGAGCACGGGGUCGGUGGAGGAGGAGGAGGAUGAGGAUGAAGAGCCCACAUCGGCAGAGGACAACCUGUUCACCAAGGCAGGCGGUCCAGAACAUGACGAGACCCCGGUGUGUGUUGAAGCAGACGCCCGUGAGCGGAGCCCCGGUUGCCAGGUUCCAAGCAGUCUCAGCUACAGCCGCCUCUUCUCUGGCUCCUGGGACGUCUGCGAGGAGGAGUUCCCCGCCUCCCCCCCGCUCUCCAGCCCCCGGCCCUCUACCUCUACCCUUGGCCCCCCUCAAGCGACUCCUACUCCGCCCCGACUCCGGUCCCCCGAAGGAGCCUUCCCCCGAGGGGACGGGGCGGCCACGGCGCGCUCGGACGCCACCUGCCUCCAGUCUUCGCCCAGCGAGAUCAUCGACCUCUCCGACAGCCCCGGCCCCCCCAGCACGCCCGGCCUGCCCCUCCCGGGUCUGUCCCCGGGCAGGCACCGCCGGGGAGCGCCGGAUGCGGACGCGCCUGGGGGCGGUCGCCCCGGCAACCCCGAUCCCGCCGCCGACCCGGGGACGUCGCCGAAGAGAGAGGGUGCCGCUCCUCGGGGCGCAGGUCGGCCCGCGUCGCCGGACCCCCCGCCCCCGCGGAGACGCGCGGAGCCGGAGCUGAUCGUUCUGUCGGACUCCUCCUCCGGCGAGGACGAGGGCGAAGGCCCGGCCCCCGCCGCCUCCCCCGGACCCACCCCGCCCCACUCCCCGGUCUGGUCGCAGCGCCACCGGCGGUACACGAAGAUCAAAGCGCCGUCGCUCCACCCAGGACCCUGCACAUCUCCCCCUUCGGGGGGAGAUGUGCAGGGUCCUGGGUGGAGCGACGGCGCCGAGGAGGGAGGGGGCGACGGCGGGCAGGGCUCCGCCCGUGGCGUGGUCGUCGUGGCCGCCCAGAGUCCGGACCAGCUGGGCUUCUCCCCGGAGGUGUCCUGGCUGAUCCCGGCCACGCCGCCGCCGCCGGCCGGCCACCCCAGCAGCAGCAUCUGCACCCAGACCCGUAGCAGCAUGUUCCGGACGCGGCUCUUCCCCAGAGCCAGCGCCAGCGCCAGCACGUCCUCGCCCCCCUCUUCCCCCCGCUCCAAAGGCAGAGCGCAUUCGGGGAGCUCAGCCUCAGACGGCCCUCCGGCAAAGAGCAAGGGGCCAGAGUCCAGCCUCGACGCUCAGCCCCUGCCCGGGACGUUUACCCCGCCGGCCCCCGGCGCGAGACCUCCUGGUUUCCCCCACCCGCCUCUCUCCUCCUCUUCGACGAAGAGCACCCCCGCCCACGGCCAUCCGGGGCCGUACAGCAGCACUCCCCUGCACGCGCGGCCCCCCAAGCCCCCCGUCCCCCUGGGGACCUCCCUGGUGCGCGGCGACCCCGCGAGGGAGGCGCUGGGGCGCGGGCACCUCUCCCGGUCGGACCCGUCGCGCUCGGCCUCCCCCUCCUCGCUUUGCCGAGACCCCUCGGGUCCAGACGGAGACGCGGACGUCGGUCGCUCCGGACGCACGCUGGGAUCGGAUCAUCGCCACGGCAACACCGUGGACCCCGAGAAGAUCGGCGACGCAGACGAGAGCGGGCGGGGCGAGCAAAGAGGGAGUGGAGUGGAAGCAGCGGUGGAAAGGGGGGCGGAGUCGGAGGCGGGGCACGAACGGGGGUCCGAACUCGGUUUCUGCCAGAGCUUCAUGGACGAGCCCCCCAUGGCCUUCAACGACUCGUGGGGACUGGACGGGGGCGGCGGCGGGGGCGGCGGCGGCGAGGGACACGGCGGCCAGGCGGUGUGCUUCAGCCUGAGGCUGGAGGACAGCGAGGGGGUCAGCUCGCACCAGCACAGCCCCGUCUCCCCUCACUCCCUGCAACAACACCCCCCCCUCACUCCACGCCGUUACCCGGACAGAGGGCCGAACCCCUCCGCCAGCAGAAGCCCGGGCACGCCCCCCUCCACCACCGCCGCCGCCGCCCGCCCGUCAGUGGACCCCGACACCCCUCACAGAGUCCCGGAGGUCAACGGAAGCCUCCUGGACCCCCAGCUGUGGGACAGCUGGCAGGAGGAGCCGGAGGAACAGGAUGAGGCGCUCCCUGUCUCGCAGAAGGGGAACGCUGCGGUGCGAUUCCAGACCCCAGUGUCCACUGGGAGCAGGAAGCGGAUCGCCCUCGUGCCCAUCACCCCCAUGCCCAGCUACUCCGACAUGGACACCCCCGACCUCAAGAACAAGCUCGACCGGUUCGGUGUGCGUCCGUUACCCAAGAGACAGAUGAUCCUGAAGCUGAGGCAGAUCCACCAGUACACUCACCAGCUGGUCCACUCCGACGACGAGGAGGAGGAGGAUGGGGCGGCCCUCCUGGGCGGCCCCGGACCCACCAGGCCUCGGCCCACCGCCUCCAGCGCCCGGCCCCCCUCCGGUUCCCAGGGGCCUCAGUUCAAACGGCCGGGCGUGCCCACAGGCGCCUCCCCGGUGAAGCGGGGCCACGAGGACCCGGAGCCCCUGUCCUCGUCCCAGGGCUCCAGCUCCUCCUCCACGGUGGCCAGUGAGGAGUCAGAGAGGUCCAACCCGGAGCUGCUGCACUCCUCCUCCGACAGCGAGUCGGACGGCGACGGCGCCGUCACCGCCUCGCAGGCGGCCGGACGCCAGCGGGACCGCGUGCAGGCGGUGCGGGCCUUCAUCCUGUCCAACGCCGACCUGCACCUCCAGGUGCUGCGCUACCAGCCCCUGGUGCUCGCCCAGCUCCAGGCCCGCCUCAAGGCCGCCGGCAUCCGCCUGGGCGCCGCCAAGCUCAUGGACUACCUGGACUCCCAGUGCAUCACCGUGACGACGGCCAAGCCGGGGGGGCGCCCGCGGCGGAAGCAGAGGGCCAAGGGGGAGAGGGGAGCGAGGGGGAGAAAGAGGAAGACGGCUCCGGCCACGGAGGGAAGGUAGAGAACCUGUAUUUAUGGGGAUGAGCACAACUGACGCAACCCGGCUGACGUGGUUUUACACAGUCAGCCGCUGAGACAUGAGGCACUUGGGUUGAUUUCAUGGUCGAUAUAUAAGCUGACCACAAGGGAAGGUUUUAGAUCAUUUCUGCCGCACUGUCCAUGUUCCCUGUUAUUUUAGUAUGAGAUGUUUUGGUCGUUUUGUAAUAUUUGUGUAAUUUUAGAUAUUUUGUUGUAUGAUUAAUGAAGGCCCAUUGUGGAAAAUAAACAAAGAGGCAAAUGUA